AGGAAAGUGCUUUGGGCUAGUCUUGCUCCUCCGGGUUGUCAGACUGCUCCUCCCUCUUCUUUUGACUGCUACGACGAAAAAGCGGAUGUGAGAACUCAAGAUUCAGGGCUGCUCUUCUAGAAAACAAGUCUGCCAUAAUCUCCAGCUGCGUUGGAAUCCGUUAACUAAUGAAUUGGUCUCUGUGCAAAUCCUGAGUGCUAAAGUUUCCAACAAGACUGAUGCUAGCUUGUGUCACCAUGAAGAUGCUACAUCAUGCCAAGUGUUUUCAGCGCCUAACAAUUUUUGGUUCUGUGAGGGCAUUGCAUAAAAAUAAUAGAAGAGCAACCCCUCAGAAUUUUUCCAACUAUGAAUCCAUGAAACAGGACUUCAAACUGGAGAUUCCAGAGUAUUUCAACUUUGCUAAAGAUGUCCUGGACCAAUGGACUAAUAUGGAAAAGGCUGGAAAAAAACCUUCAAAUCCAGCCUUCUGGUGGAUCAAUGGAAAAGGAGAAGAGGUGCGAUGGAGUUUUGAGGAACUGGGAUCUCUGUCCAGAAAAUUUGCCAAUAUACUUUCAGAAGCCUGUUCCCUACAAAGAGGAGAUCGGGUAAUUCUGAUUCUGCCCAGGGUCCCAGAGUGGUGGCUUGCAAAUGUGGCCUGUCUGCGAACAGGGACAGUUUUAAUUCCAGGAACCACUCAGCUGACCCAGAAAGACAUUCUCUACAGACUACAAUCUUCAAAAGCAAACUGCAUCAUCACCAAUGAUGUUUUAGCCCCAGCAGUAGAUGCUAUUGCACCCAAAUGUGAAAAUCUGCACUCCAAGCUGAUUGUAUCAGAGAACUCCAGAGAGGGGUGGGGGAACCUUAAGGAGAUGAUGAAAUGUGCCAGUGACAGCCACACCUGUGUGAAGACAAAACACAAUGAGAUCAUGGCCAUGUUCUUUACCAGUGGAACAAGUGGAUAUCCGAAAAUGACUGCACACACCCACAGCAGUUUUGGCUUAGGAUUAUCUGUGAAUGGAAGGUUCUGGCUAGAUUUAACACCCUCAGAUGUGAUGUGGAAUACCUCAGAUACAGGCUGGGCAAAGUCUGCAUGGAGUAGUGUUUUUUCUCCAUGGAUCCAGGGAGCAUGUGUAUUCGCACACCAUUUACCCCGUUUUGAGCCAACUUCUGUCUUGCAAACACUCUCCAAGUACCCCAUUACAGUCUUCUGUUCAGCAGCAACUGUAUACCGAAUGCUUGUACAGAAUGAUAUGGCCAGCUGUAAGUUUAAAAGCUUAAAGCACUGUGUGACUGCUGGGGAACCAAUCACCCCUGAUGUGACUGAAAAAUGGAGAAACAAGACGGGCCUAGAUAUCUACGAAGGAUAUGGACAGACUGAAACGGUGCUAAUCUGUGGAAAUUUUAAGGGAAUGAAAAUUAAACCUGGCUCAAUGGGAAAACCUUCUCCUGCUUUUGAUGUUAAGAUUGUAGAUGUAAAUGGCAAUGUUCUGCCUCCUGGACAAGAAGGAGAUAUUGGCAUUCAAGUUCUACCUAAACGACCAUUUGGCCUUUUUGCUCAUUAUGUAGAUGAUCCUUCAAAAACAGCUUCAACUCUACGAGGCAAUUUCUAUAUCACUGGGGACAGAGGGUAUAUGGAUGAAGAUGGGUAUUUUUGGUUUGUUGCAAGAUCAGAUGAUAUCAUAUUAUCCUCUGGUUAUCGAAUUGGACCAUUUGAGGUAGAAAAUGCCCUGAAUGAACACCCUUCAGUUGCAGAGUCAGCUGUUGUCAGCAGCCCAGACCCCAUCAGAGGAGAGGUAGUAAAGGCUUUUAUUGUUCUAAAUCCUGAUUACAAGUCACAUGACCAAGAACAACUAAUAAAGGAGAUUCAGGAGCAUGUUAAAAAAUCUACAGCACCUUACAAAUAUCCCAGAAAGGUAGAAUUUAUUCAAGAGCUGCCAAAGACUAUCAGUGGGAAGACAAAAAGAAAUGAACUGAGGAAGAAAGAAUGGAAGACAAUUUAAAUUUGUUUCAUUAAUUACCAUAUCUAUAAAACAUAGUAUCUGUCAAUCUCUAGAAACCACAGGAUGAUGGAGACAUGAUAAAAACUGUGGUAGUAUGCUUAGAAACUGCUGAUUUAAAAUAUCUUGUGGUUAUGAUAUCAGAGGCUAAAUUUUGAAAUAAAAUAUUUGGCAAAUUCCUCCACAUUAGUGUCAAUGUUCCUAUCAUUGCUUAAUAUAAAAAUGUCAUCAAUUGCUGAUUAAUUUUUAAAUGUAUAGUAUAGAAGCAGUUUCUGAACCAAAUCUCUGGUACAUAGGUUUUCAAACUUUAGUUGACUAAUUAUUCUGAUACGGUGAUAUACAAAUCAGAACCAAUGUUCAAGCCAUGAAAUAAAACUAAAGAACUUAUAAAAGUUUUUAGAAAAAUAUAAAAUAUCAGAAGAUUAUGAUAAUUCUCAAAGUACAAGAAUCUACCUGAAAAUAGACUAGGGGUUUUUAUCAGUCACACUUUUUGCAAAUAAUUUAAAAAUAGUUUAAGACUUGUUUCAAGGUCUAACUAUAAAAGAAGGAUCAUAUACUAUUGUUGCUUAUUAUAUGUAAUAAAUACUGUUUACAAAA